CGUUCUCAUCCUCUCCAUCGUCCUUCACCGUGCAUUUCCGUUUUCUUUCCUUGCAAAUUGGAGAGAGACAAAGCUAGAUAGAGAGAGUCAUCAGAUAUGGCAACUGUUUCACCAUCUUGCAUUCCCAUACCUUCCUCAUUUCGCACACGCUUGUAAACAAAAAUCCCAGAAUCAUCACACCAAGAGAAGUCGAAAAGCGCAGACCAUUUUGCUUUCGUUCUUUCUCAGGUGGGUGUUCCAGUUCCCGUUCUUAAAUCUUGAGACGGCCCCUGAUCGAUCCCUUUUUUCUUACGUCCGAAGAAGUUAUGGUAUCGAAGUCUUGCGUGGACCUUUUGAAUUUGCUUUCGGUAGAUGAUUUUCGGGUCAUGGGCCGUAUUCCUAGAGUCAUGACAACCUCGGGAGUGAUUUCCGAUUUCAAGAGCCAUCGAUCACCAAUAUCAGAGUCGGAAGACGCCAUUCGGUUGGCCCCCCCGGAGCGACGAAUUGUAGUCGCAAACCACCUUCCAUUGCAAGCUCUUCAGGACAAGCAGACCGGGAAAUGGAGCUUCCAGUGGGACAGAGACUGCCUGGUGUUUCAGCUAAAGGAUGGGCUGAGACCCGAUGUCGAGGUCGUGUACGUAGGGUCUCUGAAGCCUGACAUUGACCUUGCCGAUCAAGAAGAGGUCUCACACUUGCUGUUCGAGAAAUUCCGGUGCAUACCGACAUUCUUGCCUCCAGAUAUGCAGAACAAGUUCUACCAUGGCUUUUGCAAGCACUAUCUCUGGCCUCUGUUUCACUACAUGCUGCCCAUGUCGAGCCAAGGGGCUCAGUUCAGCCGCCUGCAAUGGCAGGCUUAUGUGUCUGCAAACAAGGUUUUCGCCGACAAGAUCAUGGAAGUGAUCAAUCCAGAAGAGGAUUAUGUCUGGAUACAUGACUAUCACCUCAUGGUAUUGCCUACUUUUCUGAGGAAGAAAUUCCAUAGAAUCAAGAUUGGGUUUUCCUUGCAUAGCCCCUUUCCAUCUUCGGAGAUUUAUAGGACGAUCCCGGUGCGUGACAAGAUCUUGAAGGCCUUGUUGAACUGCGAUUUGAUCGGGUUCUACACAUUCGAUUACGCACGGCAUUUCUUGUCGUGCUGUAGUAGGAUGUUGGGGCUCGAUUACGAGUCGAAAAGAGGGUACAUUAAGUUGGACUACCAUGGUAGAACCGUGAGUGUCAAGAUUUUGCCAGGAGGGAUUCACAUGAGUCAGUUUCAAUCUGAUUUGUCCAUGGAAUCAACAGCUAAGAGGGUUAAAGAAUUGAAGGAGCAGUAUGAGGGUAAAAUUAUAAUAUUGGGCGUGGACGAUUUGGACAUUUUCAAAGGUAUUAGCUUGAAAUUCUCAGCGAUGGGGAAACUCCUGGAGGUACAACCUGAAUUGAGGGGCAAGGUGGUUUUGGUUCAGAUCACUAAUCCAGCUAGGAGUAGCGGAGAAGAUGUGCAAGAGGUUCAGAAUGAGACUGAUCUUGUUGCCAACGAGAUCAACAGAAAGUACAGCAAACCUGGGUAUGAGCCAAUUGUUUACAUCAAAGGGCCGGUCACGAUGCAAGAAAAGGCUGCGUAUUAUUCGAUUGCUGAAUGCAUUGUGGUGAAUGCUUUUAGAGACGGGAUGAAUGAUGUGCCUUAUAAGUACACUGUAUGCAGACAGGGUAGCCGUGCUUUGGACAAGGCAUUGGGGAUUGACGAGAGCUCCACUCCGAGAAAGAGCAUGAUAAUCGUGUCGGAGUUUGUAGGAUGCUCAUGGUCAUUGAGUGGGGCCAUCCGCGUCAAUCCGUGGAACAUAGAUUCUGUCGCGGAUGCCAUGAACUCGGCAAUCACAAUCUGCGACUUGGAAAAGCAUCUGCGCCAUGACAAGCAUUACAAGUACAUAAGCUCACAUGACGUCGAAUACUGGGCUCGGAGUUUUGACCGGGACCUUGAGAGGGCUUGUAGGGAGCUUUAUCAGAAAACGUGUUGGGGUGUGGGGUUUGGUUUGGGCUUUAGGGUCGUCGCUUUAGGCCCCAACUUCAGGAAGCUCUCGGUGGAUCACAUCACCUCUGCUUAUCGUAACACAAACAACCGGUUAAUUUUAUUGGACUAUGAUGGGACACUGUUGCCAAAAGCUUCCGUAGACAAAAGGCCUAGCAGUGAGGUGAUUUCGAUGUUGAAUUCCCUAUGCAGAGAUCCGGAAAACGUUGUUUUCAUUGUGAGUGGAAGAGGUAAGGAUUCUCUAGGAGAGUGGUUUUCACCCUGUGAAAGGUUGGGUAUUGCAGCAGAGCAUGGUUAUUUUAAAAGGUGGACUGGAGAUUCCAGUUGGGAAACAUGCGGAUUGACAAUGCAUUUCGAAUGGAAAAAGAUAGCUGAACCAGUAAUGGAGCACUACGUGGAGGCAACAGAUGGCUCUUUCAUAGAGGCUAAGGAGAGCGCAUUGGUUUGGCACCAUCAAAACGCCGAUCCCCACUUCGGGUCAUUCCAGGCGAAGGAGCUUCUUGAUCACCUGGAGAGUGUGCUCACAAACAAGCCGGUGGUCGUCAAAAGAGGUCAGCACAUUGUUGAAGUGAAACCACAGGGCGUAAACAAAGGCACAGUGGUUGAAAAUCUGAUAUCAACCAUGCGGAGCAGAGGGAAGUCGCCUGACUUCUUGCUGUGCAUCGGAGAUGACCUCUCAGACGAGGAUAUGUUUGAGACUAUAGCGCGCUCAGUUUCAAAGCCCUCCUUACCAUCUACAGCGGAAGUUUUCACAUGUACCAUCGGGCAGAAGCCAAGCAUGGCCAAGUACUAUCUCGAUGGCACUUCCAAAGUAAUCAAGUUGCUUCAGGGCCUCACAGCCGCCCCCACAUCACAACCAAAACAUGGAUGUUUUCAAUUUUCAUCAGAAGAUACUUCUUCAACUUGAGGAUGAAAUGAAAGAUUGAGCAGGAAAUAAUGGUACAGGGUAAAGUGUAGUUGCUGUGAUUAAAUUCUUUUAGGGGAGGGUGAGCAUUUGUUUAGAAAUAGUAGGAAAAGAAAAGUUCCCCUUGUACAAGAAAGGUACACAGUCUCACAGUUUCAUCUGUUAU